AGGGGGGCAGCGAGAGAACGGGAGAGAGUGAAAGCCUGCGCAAAUGAGAGAGGAGAGAGAAUUUAGAGAGGGAAUUUAAGCACGAGUGCAUGCUUCUCCCAGUUUCCAGCAUUUGCUGCCUUAUAUGGUCAAACUGUGGAAGGGGAUUUGGUAGAGAAGUGCAGCCUUGGCAGCACAGGGCUUCAAUGAGGCUCGCUCAGUGAGAAAGCAGGGGGCUGAGGAGUGGGGCAGCCGCGUGCGGGACGCACACACCACACGGCGCAGAAGCAGCAGGGCACACGGCAGGACAGUCAGGACAGCUGGCACCCGGCAGGACGCGAUACAGCGCCACAGGGCUCAUGGGAGGGAUAAGCAGAGGGGCUUAACAGGGCCAGGACUGAGACAGCUGUAGCCGAGUAGAAUACAAGAGGGAGAAUGACGGAGCGCUAUGACUGCCAUUAUUGUAAGGAGUCCUUGUUUGGGAAGAAGUACGUCCUGCGGGAAGAGAACCCCUACUGUGUGAAGUGCUAUGAGAGCCUCUACUCCAACACCUGUGAAGAGUGCAAGAAGCCCAUUGGCUGCAACAGCAGGGACUUGUCAUAUAAGGACCGCCACUGGCAUGAGGAGUGUUUCCACUGCUUCCAGUGCAAGCGCUCACUGGUGGACAAACCCUUCUGUACCAAGGAUGAUCAACUGCUGUGCACUGAGUGCUACUCCAAUGAGUACUCUUCCAAGUGCCACGAGUGCAAGAAGACCAUCAUGCCUGGCUCCAGGAAGAUGGAGCAUAAGGGCAACAGCUGGCAUGAGACAUGUUUUACCUGUAAGCGCUGCCAGCAGCCCAUUGGCACCAAGAGCUUCAUCCCCAAGGACAACAAUAACUACUGUGUGCCCUGCUAUGAGAAGCAGUUCGCCAUGCAAUGUGUGCACUGCAAGAAGCCCAUCACCACUGGAGGAGUGACUUACCACGAUCAGCCGUGGCAUAAGGACUGCUUCCUGUGCACUGGCUGCAAGCAGCAGCUGUCUGGCCAGCGCUUCACGUCUCGCGAUGACUUUGCCUACUGCCUCAACUGCUUCUGCAACCUGUAUGCCAAGAAAUGUGCCUCCUGCACCAGCCCCAUCAGCGGCCUUGGAGGAAGCAAGUAUAUCUCUUUUGAGGAGCGCCAGUGGCACAACGACUGUUUCAACUGCAAGAAGUGCUCCGUGUCUCUCGUGGGCCGAGGCUUCCUGACCGAGAGAGAUGACAUCCUGUGCCCUGAGUGCGGCAAAGACAUCUGAGACACAGAAAUUCUGACAUGACAGAGAAAAAUGCAGAACAAAGCAGCAUGGAUAAACCCUAAUGAACCCAUACAAAUCCUAAUCAUAACAAAAAAAAUUAUUAACACCAGCAAUUACCAUGCUGUACGUAUAGGAACAGGCAAAUCCAUGUACUUCCUCUCCACUAACAGCUUCAGUAGUUGAUGAAAUAAUUGUCACAGAUAUUUUUUUGCCAUAGGUAUUUAUUUUCUAUAUAGCAUGAGCAGUAAAAGCUUCAUGAUUAAACAAAUACACUUAGAAAAUAACCGCAAAAAAUAUUAACAUUAGAAAAAAGAAUGGACUAUUAAGAUGUAUAUUAAUAAGUUAAUCUACUUAAAGAUCCGGACUCUGAAGUCAUUUUUCUCCAAUUUGUUAGAAAGCAUUUAUAAACAAGCCCUUGGUUCCUCUUUGUCAGUGGUUUUACUGUGACCUAACACAUUGCUAACUAACAGGAGAAUAAGCAAAAGGAUUCUGUCUGGCAUUAUAUUUGUGAGGAUUUACCAGUAACGACUGUGUGUAACCAAGAAUACAAAUAAAAACAUUAAAAC